ACUUAAGGUCCUGCUGCGUGAGCCAUUGACGUGUUUGGAGCCGGAGACGACCUGGGCGCUGGCGAAGCAGCGGCCCGAGGAUAAAUGUGAAAAGGCUGUGAAUUACCUGUCUUCGUAAGGGUCAAGACUGCAAAAGAACUGUGUUCCGAAAAGAAAGAAGCUUCUGGAUAUAAUUGAACAGCAUUUUGAAUUUUGUUAUUUUUGAAGAUGUUUCUGUUGGUCGGAUAUUUUCAACAAUACAUGUGAUUACUAAAGUUAAAGAACCUCCCAAAUAACCAAACAUCUUUUUUCCUUGAGACAGGGUCUCAUGUGUAACCCAGUCUGGCCUCAAACCCAGUACUCGACGUCCUCCUGCAUCAAUCUCCCAAAAGAGUUGGGAUUACAGGCCUGCCACACCUUGACUGGCUUUGACAAAACCCUUUUCUAUUCUUUUUUUUUUUAAGCAAAGAUUGGUCUCCUGAUCUUUCCCAUAGUAGAAGAAAUUGGACCAGGUGACUCUUGAUAAGAAGACAUAGGAUGCCUGUGGUGACACAACGACUAAGAGAUCCUGACAUAAACCCUUGCUUGUUGGAAUCUGAUGCUUCUACCAGAUGCAUGGAUGAAAAUAACUAUGACAGGGAAAGGUGUUCCAGUUACUUCUUGAGGUACAAAAAUUGCCGGAGAUUCUGGAAUUCUAUCAUGAUCCAAAGAAGACAGAAUGGAGUGAACCCACCUAUGCCUACAGCAGCAGAAAGAGAUGAAAUUUUGGGAGGAAUGGGAAAGAUGCCUUAUUAAAUGUUUGCAUUAAAAUUGUUUAUGUAACU